UGUGAACACAUAUUAGACACAUAAGCUAGUUCUUUCUGUACAACUGUCAAAGUUGUCAUACAAUUUUACGAUCUCAGUUUUCUUUUCAUUAAGUGACUUUUUAUCUUCCAAUGAUGAACAGACUUUUCCUGACAUCAUCAACAUUGCUGUUGUUGCUGUGCAUCUGUGUCACCUUGUGUCAAACCGGUCCAGUACGAUGCUGUACCAAAUAUUCGACACAAUCUCUUCCUCUCCGGCGGCUAAAAGAUUACAAACUGCAAGGCGUCACUAUGACAUGCAACAUAGAGGCUGUCAUUUUUACUACUGUGAAGGACAAACUCAUCUGUGCUAACCCAAAAGACAAGUGGGUCCAGAAAGCUAUAUCCUAUAUCCAGAAAACAAACAAGGUCGAAUAAUGUACAUACCAGAUACGUCUCAAAUUGAGCUGAAUGUAUACUUGACAAAGCGAAAUAAAAUAUAUUUUGUUAUUAAUUGAUUCAUUAAAGGAAUUGAUCUACAGCAUGUGAGGAUUUCUUCAUCUUUUUCCAUGAGUACUUGUAUUGAAAGUACGGGUACACUUGAAGCUCACCCGGUUCUUACCUUCCUUCUUAUUUUGCAUUUUGAUAACACCUGGAAAAGAUGAAAACAAUUA